ACUUAUCCAUUUCAUUGAGUAUACUUUCCAAUAACUCAAAAAUCUCCUAUGGCAACAAUCGGUAAUCUUUUAUACAUUCCAAACCAAAUUCCUAGACCAACCUAUGUUCGCAUAUUGGACACCACCCUCCGCGACGGCGAACAAUCCCCCGGUGCCGCAAUGUCUUGCAAGGAGAAACUCGACAUUGCUCGAUUACUAGCCAAGCUACGUGUUGAUGUCAUUGAGGCAGGAUUCCCUUCUGCUUCAAAUGACGACUUCACCGCCGUUAAAAUGAUAGCUGAAGAUGUUGGCAAUUAUGUUGAUAGUGAUGAUUAUGUUCCUGUUAUAGGUGCUCUGUGUAGGUGCAAUGAAAAGGACGUUAACAUUACAUGGGAGGCUGUAAAACAUGCAAAAAGACCAAGAAUUUGUACUUUUCUAGCAACUAGUCCCAUUCACAUGGAAUACAAACUUAGAAAGACCAAAAAUCAGGUACUCAAGAUCGCUCGUGAUACGGUGAAGUUUGCACGGAGUUUAGGUUGUUGUGAUGUCUCAUUUACCGCCGAAGAUGCUGCCAGAUCGGAGAAGGAAUUCCUUUAUCAAAUUUUGGAAGAAGUUAUUAAAGCUGGGGCACAAACAUUAGUCAUAGCUGACACUGUAGGCAUAGCAAUGCCAUUUGAAUAUGGAAAUCUCAUAGCUGAUAUAAAAGAUAAUACUCCUGGAAUUGAGAAUGUUAUCAUUGCAACUCAUUGUCAUAAUGAUCUUGGACUUGCUACUGCCAACACCAUUGAGGGUGCACGUGCAGGUGCUCGACAAUUAGAAGUAACAAUCAAUGGGAUUGGUGAAAGGGCCGGUAACGCUUCAUUAGAAGAGGUUGUUAUGGCCCUAAAGUGCAGAGGUAAUGAUAUCUUAUAUGGUCUACAUACAGGAAUUAAUACAAGACAAAUAUUAAGCGCAAGCAAAAAGGUGGAAGAGUACUCCGGAAUGUUUUUACAGCCCCACAAGGCUCUUGUUGGUGCUAAUGCUUUUCUUCAUGAGAGUGGCAUUCAUCAGGAUGGGAUGUUAAAACAUAAAGGCACAUAUCAAAUAAUAUCUCCUGAAGAUAUUGGUCUUGAAAGAUCAACUGAAACUAGUAUUGUACUAGGGAAACUUAGGAUCUCACUUGUAAUGAGUCCAAUCUGUUACUAAUGGUGAAGACAACUAUUGUUCCUCCCGUUUCAGGCACAGGAAAUUUUCCUCAAGACAUGGGCACAAGAACUUAUUAUUUCUUGAUGAAGUGAACUUUAGCUUUAUUUCAUUUACACGCAUUGGUGUGUUUAUUAAUUAGGCAUAUGCAGUGUGUCCAUUGUACUAAGUCUUAAAACAUCAGUGCUAACCUCCCCUCAUUAAACCUUUCAAUUUGAUCUCUUUUUUCAUACUAAAAAAUAACUCAAACUUGUUAAGAGGCUGCCUACUUUCCAGACUACUAGAGCUAGGACAGGGGUUAACAGUAACAAAAGAUUAGUGCAAUAGAUCCUCCUCAAGACUUUGUUUCCAGAAACUGUUAAAGUCCCAACAUAAUUCCUUCUAAAUCUUCUAAGGUUGUUUGUCCUAAGGGGAUGUUAAAUCAAGUUAUUCAUAUAUUUUAUUCUUUUUAUUCCAUAAAAACAACUACCAAAACAUAAUUAAACUUAAAAGAAACAUGCAUGAAUUUCAUUAAUCCAGGGUUCUAAGAAGCCAACAAAAACAAAAGCAAACAAGUUGGAAACAACCAACAGAACAACAAAUAAUAAACUAACAACUAAAAGCAAACUAGAAACAAGACAGUUAACCUGACGGGUUAUGGCACGACAGAACAAGACAAUAACUAUGAAUAUAAAAUUAAAAUUAAUCAUGAAAUGGUUUGUAGGUCAAGUGUGAAAUACCUGUCAGGCUACAAGCUGCUGGUUUUCCUCAUUCCAUAUUUUUUGGACUUUUUUCUA